CACAAUUAGUUCCCGGCCCGCUCAGGUUUAUUUUUUUGUACCACAUGUCGCGCAGUACAGAAUUCUAAGCAGAUAAUUGGGUUUUGUAAAAGCCCGAGCGAUGUGAGGUUGCAACGUCCUUUUCAUCAUCAUAAGCUUUGAAUAGUCAACAUGCUUAUCUCCAAACAAAACCGUCGUGCCAUCUACGAGCAGCUGUUCAAGGACGGUGUUCUUGUGGCCAAGAAGGACUUUAACGCUCCCAAGCACGAUGAGCUAGAGUCUGUUCCCAACCUGCAGGUCAUCAAGGCUAUGCAGUCACUUAAGUCCCGUGGAUACGUUCGUGAGCAGUUUGCGUGGCGCCACUACUACUGGUACAUCACCGAUGAGGGUAUCCAGUACAUCCGCGAUGUGCUGCACCUUCCCGCUGAGAUUGUACCAGCCACUCUUAAGCGCUCUAGCCGACCUCCCCAGACUACCGGACGCCCUGGUGGUGACCGUCGCGAGGGCGGUAGCCGUCGUGAUGAUGGUGGUCGUGGAGACUACCGUCGUGGUGGUGACGAUAAGAAGGUUGGUGCUGGUUCUGACUUCAACCCUGAGUUCCGCGGUGGUUACGGACGUGGACGUGCCUUCGGUGGACAACAGACCGCCCCCGCUGGAGUACCUCAGUAAAUUAAUAAUACCCCCUAUCCAUCUGUAGAUCGUUACUGCAAACUUCGCGGCAAAUCUAUAUUAUUUUUGCCUGUGCGUAACUUUAUCCGUACGACAUACGAUGCGAGAAGGAAAGCUUAUAGUUAGCAAUUGUCCAUUGAUUUGGAUACAAUUGUUCGAAUGAUGAGAACCUCCCGUUGAACGAAUCUUCCGCACAGGACACGAUGGGUGCAGUUUGUAACUGAACUGCAUAUACAAUUGUUGCUGUGAGAAGUUUGGCGUUUGUAAAUUUAGCAGACUGCUAGUUCUGAAAUAAAGAAUUAGCAAGUGCUUCAUUGAAUACUUACCUUAUUGUCAGAGUGGCCAGUUGUUCGAAAUCUAGCUUCUUCUUGACUAAAGGUCGUUGUGACUGUAGCUAGUUUCUAGAAGUGCUUAUAUUGAGUUAAGAUUUCGUAUUGGUGCACGUAAGCUGUAAUUUUCUUCCACUGGGAAUGAUACACGCUAUAGCUGGGAAUCGGCAGAUAAUUUUAACUAUGUACAUGUAAAUAUAAAUACAUAAAUGCGCAAUAUGUACCGACGCUAAAGUGCUGAAAGUUCCAUUAUGUAAAACGUAAAAGC